CGGCAAGACAAAAGAUAAAUGAGGAAUUCAGGAAAAACAAAAAUGAGACUUUGGAGGAAAACAUAAAUCAGGUAUAGUAGGCUUUGCAUUCAUUCAUCAGGAAAGUGAGUCUUGUCGGUGAUAUAACCUAGCACUCUUGGUUUUAAGCUUAGUCUACAUAUCCAGCAUACAUAUUGAUAACUGGUAUGUGAACUGCUUCAUUUUUCUAUGUGUCUAGAGACAGCACAAUAGAGAUAUUGUUGUUCAUAUUUCUACUGUAUUUUUCCAGAUGAUUAAAAUGGCCGCUGGUGUGGAAGUGUUUCUUCGUCAAGAUGUCAUACAAGCUGAGCAUGUAGCUGAAGAUAGGAUUCGUAAGUUAUUUUCUUUAAACAAUCAAGUCUAAUACACCAAGAAAUUGAAAACAUUUUGCUAUAUUUUUUUGGGCACAUUGGGUAAUGAGAAACACAACAAUUACAGCAGUCAUAUAAGAAUGAUAUGAAUAGGGGUUAUAGGCUAUGCCCACAGGUGUUUAUUUUUCAAAUGUAGCCUCUAGUGUUUUCUGUGUCUUUCAUUUCACAGAACUCCGACCUAGAGAGAGCCUUCUUCUGGAAAACGUACCAUACUGCGAUACACCCAGAAAAAAGUCAUCUUCCAACAAUGCACCAAAACAAAGUUGCAACGAUGCACCAAUUACACGA